AAUCGAAGUGCCCAGCUGGCUGUGUGGCUUAGCGACUGCCCUAAGACUAGAGACUAAGCCGUGAAAGUGUCACUGCCCCAGGACAGAGCCCCUUAUGGGGCUGUGGGUAUUAGCAGCUGACCACAGAUAGCCGGCUCUACUGGAAGUCUGCCUGGAAGCCUCUGCCCCAUGCAAAUCACCCUGGGAAAGCUCUAUUGCCCCAAGCCAAGCCCCACACUGUGCAUAUUAGAGGCUAACCUGGGCUGUGCCCUCCUGUUGUGCAGUUUCGCAACUGCCCAAAGGAAAAGCCCUGUACUGUGGGUUGGGGCUGCGGGCUUGUGCUGCGAUCUGUGCUCUCACUUCCAGUUUGGGGCUCUGCUUGGAGCCUUAGUUCUCUCCCUGCCUGAGCUGAUCUCCCCCCUCCCCCAGCUCCGAGGACAAACCUUUUCUGGUGAGACUCCAAAAUAUCUUCCGCUGCUCCUGGGAAACAUCCUUUUGAUCUGCCUGACUGAGCACUUUGGCAAGGAUUUCACCCCUGAGAUUCAGGCUGCCUGGCAGAAACUCGAAGCUGAUGUGGCUAAUGCCCUGGCCCACAAGUACCUCUAAGUCCCUAUGCAUCUGGGAGCUUUCAGCCUGCUGAGUCCACUGUGUUCCAUGCUGUCCAUCUUCUGCACCUGGAAUUUCUGCAUAACAGAGACAAUGGUAGACUUAGAAGGUAUCACAGAAGUCACAUAGUCCAUUUCAUUCCUAAUGUGUAAACUUCCUCUACUAAAUUUCUGUCCUAUGAUUACACAGCUUCCAUAUGGCAACCAUGUGUCAUAGAGAAUUCUUGUUUCUUCAUAGUAAAUUUUAUCAUUUUUGGAAACUGCUAAUUAGUAUUUUUUUCCCUUCUAUAUAUUGAUCCAAAUAUAGCUUCUUUGCACAUAAAUGAUCCUACUUAUACAAUCUGGGACCAAGCAGAACAAAUAUAAUCUCCUUUCUACAUGUCAAUGCUUCUUAUAGCUAAAGAAAAGUCUUUUCUAUUUUUGUCCAUUUCUUCAGAAUAAUAAUAUCUAUUCCCUUUAUUGAAACAAUUUUAAGUUCUUAUUGUUAUGACCUCAUCUUGACACAUUUAAGUUAAUAUCCUUCUUAAAUAUGGUACCCAGAAAUGGUCAGCCCAUUGCAAAUGUAGUUUGAACAAGGAAGAAUAUAAAAUGGCUAUCAGUUCUUCCUCUCUUGAUACUAUCUCUUUAUUUAUUUAAUCUCAAAUCACAUUUAAAUUGCAGUUUCAAGAAUGCUCUCUAGCAUUCUAGAUAUUUCUCUUACUCUAAAUAUCAUAGAAUUCAAGACUCUCCUAAGUAGAACGGAUCUCAGGAGCCAGCUAGUCCUGUCUUCAUUGGAACAAGAAUUCUUUCCAUAAAUAUAUAUAACAAAUGUUCUUCUAUCCUUUGAAUAGAAAUCACAAUGGUCAAAAAUGCCAUUUCUUCCUGAGGCAGCUUAUUCUCCUUUGGGAAAUCUUUAAUUGUUAGUAACUUUUUUGUUUGUAUAGAGAAUAAAUCUGCCUAUCUGUUUGUACUGGAUUAGCUAGUUUCCUAUUUUUUUCCUCACCAUGAUUCUGAUUUUACCUGGACCAGAUUUGACCCUGGGGGCCUGAUGUCAAGUAAGAUCAGUCCCUCAUUCCUUAUAUCCCUACAGGUCUGUUCUAAAAUAGUAAUUCUCAAACUUUUUCAUUUUAGGUUGCCUACUACUUUUAAAGAUUCCUGAGUAUGCCUAAAUAAAGCUUUUAAAAUAUGGAUUA